AUGGGUGGUACCGGUCUCGUUCCACUGGGGCUUGCAGCCUUUUUUGCGGUCUUUUUCUGGGCAAAACGAGCCAACGGAAGCGUUUUACCUAUCAGCUCCACUGAUCAGACAUAUGUGCCACCGGACCCGUAUGGAAACGGUGAUAGCGAGGACUUGGACAUAGAUUUGAUGCUUUUCAGUCUGGCGUUCAUGUUUGUGUGCUACUUGAUGCUGACUGUGAUAUAUUUCGGAGUGAGGUUCGUUUUGAGACGUUAUUUCAGUGCAGGUAUUAUAUUGGGAAAUGACAGCGAAGCUGACGUUUCUGGGACUUUGGAAAACCCGAGAUGGACUAGCUCGCUGGACGACGCUGAAAUGGUUAAAGAUAAACUAGCCAAAUUGUCCCCGGAGGAGCAAUUUUAUUACAAACAGGGCGAGGAGUUUAUCCGCCAAAAUCCGCCUUUGCUGUUGCCAGAUCAAUCUUCUGGCACUGCUAGUUCGAACCUUUCAGAUCCAAUAAUAAACGAACAGACUUUGCAGUUUAUCAACGAGGAAGGUGCCUAUGCGUGGGAAUUCCAACCUGAUCCGAAGCUCCCGAAUGAUAGCAUUCUGGUAGAAAACAAAUCCGAGCUUACUUUCCUGAACUUCAACUAUGAUGUGUCUGUGACAACCAAUUUGCCUAUUCCACGCUUGAAUCGGGUGUAUUAUUGUGAAUUCAAGAUUUUUGAGCUAAACACUGCAGGCAGUACCGACAAUCACCUCUCAAGAAAUGAAGUCAUAUCGUUUGGGCUGUCAACAUCUCCAUACCCGUAUUUCAGACUUCCUGGAAGACAUCAUCAUUCUGUGGCAUAUGACUCUAGCGGGGCGCGUAGAUUAAACGAUUCCUUUGAACUCUCGUCUGAGCUUGCUUCCAUAUUUCCACGUUGCGAAAAGGGCGAUGUCAUUGGAAUCGGCUAUCGUACCAACAGUGGCACGGUAUUUUUCACACGGAACGGCAAAAAGUUAAGUGAAAAAUCAAUCGGUGGUCAUAUCAAAGGAUGGAAGUUCCAAUAUCUUUACCCAGUUGUGGGUACUAACGUACCGUGUAAAAUUCACGUCAAUUUCGGUACUUAUGGAUUUGUCUUCAUCGAAGCUAACGUUAAAAAAUGGGGCUACGCGAAGUCCGAAGGUGUGAAAUUGCCACCACCAUCUUACGACAAUUACGACCACGAUGUUUUGUUAGAAAGCAGCUAUGAAGACGAUGCUACCGAUGAUGAAAGUAUAUCAACCACAGAUGGUGAUAUCAUAGAUCAGGACGGUCAUUUAUUACCCCCACCCCCAGGUUUCGAAUUUAGCGUCUCUCCGCAACCUUCUAAUGCUUGUCAGUAUACUCUCAAUUCUCUUCCUGCGGAACCUCCAAUCUAUAAUUCGGACGAGCAAGAGGAACUUGUUGAAGAAGAUACCUCUCGAGAGCUUGAAGCUCUUGCUGGCGAAGAUCAAGAGCCUAACGACUCUUGCGGUGGGAAUGAUCUGGGCAAAAAUACUAUGGCCAACCAAUUUUUAUAG